CUGUUUGCGAAGUCUGGGGGCAGCUCGCCUGGAGCUGGUGCAGACGAGCUCACGCUUAUAAGACGGCCGACAACGCGAACACGACUGUCAUCUGAACGUUGGAUUCCUCCGCUACUCUCGACAUUAUGAAGUAUAUUCUCCUCUUUGGCAUUCUCGCGGCAGCUCUUCCUGCCUUCGGCCUGCCUCAACCACGAGCAACAGUCGCUCCACUCCUUCACCGCGCCAACACUCUCUCUCCUCGGCAGGACUCUGCUGCUUCUGCUGCCUCCGUAUCUGCCUUGAUCUCGACCCUCAAUGCCUCACCACAAGCCUUCAUGUCGUCCGUCACGUCCUCUUGCAGUACGACGGCCCUUUCAACUCAAACGCAGGCCAGCGCAUGUGAUGGCAUCAUCAUUGUCGGGUCAGGGUGCUGUCCAUCUGGUAUAUAUGUAGAUUUGAAAUGUUUUGUGGUCCCAGGAGCAGAGGAACUGCAAUUCACUGGCGUUACCGACAGCUACGUUGAUGGGUUGAUCGACGACUAUGGCGGCUCUGACGAGGACGAUGCAUUCGACCAGAUAAGCUCUUUUCUGGAUGCCAGCAGCUCGAGGACGCCUUUCUUGUCGAGCACUCGCACGCGGACCCCUUUCUUGUCCAGCACCAGGACACCGUUCCUGUCGCGCACAUCAACGCCACGGCUUUCAUCGCUCUCGGCCGCGAGCGAGCCCACGGCUACAUCACAGAGCGGAGACUCCAACGGCGGUCAUGCCCUGGAGACCAGCUUCAGUCUCAUGGUUGCUACCUUUCUUGGCCUCGUGAUCGCACUAUAGGAGCGGCACGAGCCACUCAAACAGAAGAAUCUCCGGUGUAAUGUACUUGAAUUAGCGAU